AUGGAACAUUCGGAUGAAACAGGGCUCCCCUCGAGCAACCCCUCAAGCAACUCAUCCCAGCUCGAAGAUACUGCUGAACCACAACAAGAGCCACCGAAGCUAGCCUACAAAACUCUCUCCUAUCAUCAAAUGAAAGCCGCCGCCGAGAGAGAAGCGCGCGAAUACAUGGCCAGCUGGCCCAUGAACGAUCGCGCCGCGAAGAACAUACCACUCCAUGGCUCCAUAAUUGGUCUACUCCGUGAUAUUAAUGAUCCGAUUAGCUUCAACGCUCUGGUAGUGAUGCGGAAAUCGAUUGAAUAUCGCAUGAACCAGGUGAUGGGGGCGGCAACGAUGUAUAAGGAUUUUUGGGGUAUCGAUGUACCGGAUUGUCAUCAGGUCAACGUUGAUGCUGGCGGUUGGUCUGCAGAAGCAUUCCGCUGGGCGUGCAGGUACGCCUUGUUCGAUGAGCCGGGUAGCUUGCAAGGCCAUCGGUAUGUUAAGGGGUCUAUGUAUAUGGCAUACUGUAUAACCGAAGCUGGUUGGGACCAAGCUGAAGCGGAAGCUAAACUUGAUACUUUGGUGCAAUACAAAGAAGCUGGGGUUUUCGGCUCGGGCAUCUCAAAUAUUGAGGGCACCAGCCGGAUUAGAGCAAUGAUUCCGAAGAUUAUGUCGACCCAUGAGCGCCCGAUCCGUGAAGAACUUGAGAAAAUCGCGCAGUACAUGAAGUUAAGAGUCCAGAUGGCGUCCUCUACCCAGUCUCUUCAAGAGGAGGUCCCAGAGGAGUCCUCUGCAUGGCCACUCAGCGGAACUAUUCAAUAG